AAAUUGCAGCCAACUUAACAGAUGGAAUGUUCCAAGGCUGCUACCAUGGCAAACAGGCGCACCCACCAGACCUGCAGGCAGUGCUUUCCCGAGCCUGGGAGGCUGGAGUGGAGAAAAUUAUAAUCACUGGAGGCAGCUUAGAGGAGAGCCGAGCAGCACUCGCCCUGGCAGAAACAGAUGAUCGCCUCUUCUGCACCGUCGGCGUCCACCCUACCCGUUGCUCUGAGUUUGACGCGAGUGGGGAUCCGCAGAAGCACCUGCAGUCGCUACUGAAGCUGGCAGAAGAAGGGAAGGCCAAAGGCAAGGUGGUGGCGGUGGGCGAGUGCGGGUUGGACUAUGACCGCCUUGUGUUCUGCCCCAAGGAGGUGCAGCAGAAGUACUUUGAGCUCCAGUUCGACCUCGCCCAAGCCACCCAGCUGCCCAUGUUCCUUCACAUGCGCGCUGCUGCUGACGAUUUCCUAGAGAUUGUGAAGAGGAACGACAGCAGGUUCGUGGGGGGGGGAGUGGUGCAUUCGUUCACAGGCACGUGCGACGAGAGGGACGCCAUUCUCGCAGUGCCCAAGCUAUCCAUAGGCAUCAACGGAUGCUCAUUAAAGACGGAGGACAAUCUUAAAGCCAUGGCGGGGAUCCCUCCCAAUCGCCUCAUGCUUGAGACCGACUCGCCUUACUGCGAUGUGCGGCCGACACACGCCGGCCACCGAUUCGUGGGCAGCAAGUGGGCGGCAAAGAAGAAAGAGGCACAUUCGGAGGAGGCUAUGCAAGUGGGCGGCAAAGAAGAAAGAGGCACAUUCGGAGGAGGCUAUGGUGAAGGGCAGGAACGAGCCGUGUGCCAUCAGGUGGGCAUGUGGGAUUGGGGUAUGGGAUGUGGUGACUGGGGCAGCAAGUGGGCGGCAAAGAAGGAGGCGCAUUCGGAGGAGGCUAUGGUGAAGGGCAGAAAUGAGCCGUGUGCCAUCAGGAGGAGUGAGACAAGCAAAUGGGCGGCAAAGAAGAAGGAGGCACAUUCGGAGGAUGCGAUGGUGAAGGGGAGAAACAAACCCUGUGCCAUCAGGUGGGCAUGUGGGAUGGGGUAG